CUUUCAUUUCUUCCCAUUUUUCUCUCCUUUCUUUUCUCCGGCAACUUUCGCCGGCACAUCGUCGGAAAACUUGCCGGAUAAUUUUAUCUUCCAAGCUCACUUCCCUUCACCAAAUUCCCACAAUUGACUUCCAGAAUUCACCAUUUUCUCACAAUUGCUAUUUCAACAUUUUCAAGUAAAAAAGCUCACAAAAAAAACCCUUUUCUAGUUUCUUCUUUCUUCUAUUCACUUCACCAAUGCCAUUGAAAAGCCACUAAUUUUAGACCCAUUUGAGUGAAUUUCAAUAAAGUUUAUUACUUUCCUUCUGGGUCUUCUUCAUUUUCCAAUCUCAUGUAUGUGCACUUUGAAUGUAAUUGUUGUUGUUUUUGUUAUUGUUAUAUGAAGAUUGAAGAAGAGUGAAGCUCACGUUUGUAAUUGGAAUAUGAGAAAAAAUUGAAGUAAAAAAAAAUUAAAUGAUGUUGUUGAGGUUAGCAAAAGUAUCUAAUGGAAAAAGUAAUCAUUGUGAUAGUGAGGAAAUGGAAAUGGGGUUUAAUGUUUUGAGUGGUGGUGGUGAAGUUGUGAAGUCAAAGAGAUUUAUUGUUAGGCCUAAGAUCAAAUUGUGGACGGCUCGUGCUAUUACAACUGUGAUUCUUUGGACUAUUGUUGUUCAGUUGAUGGCAAUUGGUGAGUUUUGGGGUCCAAAGUUGUUGAAGGGUAUGCCUUAUUGUUUCAGCCACUCAGAUGCAUCAUCUAUGGCUGUAGCAAAGUACAGUGCUCCAGCUAAGGUUUUGCUUCCACCAAAAAGGAUUUACAAGAACAAUGGUUAUCUUAUGGUUUCCUGCAAUGGAGGACUCAACCAAAUGAGAGCAGCAAUAUGCGACAUGGUUGCUAUUGCAAGACAUUUAAAUGUCACUCUCAUAGUUCCAGAGCUGGAUAAAGCGUCUUUCUGGGCUGAUCCAAGCGACUUCCAAGACAUAUUUGAUGUAGAUAAUUUCAUUGCAUCCUUAAGAGAUGAGGUUAGAAUAUUAAAGCAACUACCACCUAGGCUCAAGAGAAGAGUUGAAUUAGGAUUGUCCUACUCGUUGCCCCCGAUUAGCUGGUCGGAUAUUUCAUACUACGAAAAACAGAUACUUCCUCUAUUAUGGAAACACAAAGUCGUGCACCUGAAUCGGACUGACACUCGACUUGCAAACAAUGGAUUACCGCUCGAAAUUCAAAAGUUGAGAUGUCGAGUAAAUUUUAAUGCUUUGAGGUUUACUUCUCAAAUCGAACAACUUGGUAGAAAGAUAGUUAGAAUUUUGAGGGAAAGAGGACCUUUCCUUGUUCUUCAUCUUAGAUAUGAGAUGGACAUGUUGGCUUUCUCCGGCUGCACUCAUGGAUGUGACAGUAGUGAGGUGGAUGAACUCACAAGAAUGAGAUAUGCAUAUCCGUGGUGGAAGGAAAAAGUCAUAAAUUCUGAGCUUAAGAGGAGAGACGGUUUAUGCCCGCUGACACCUGAGGAAACCGCUCUAAUAUUGACAGCACUAGACAUAGAUCGAAGUAUUCAAAUUUAUAUAGCUGCUGGAGAAAUAUUUGGCGGAGAGAAAAGAAUGGCACCUUUACGAGCAACUUAUCCUAACCUGGUAAGGAAGGAAACUCUGUUGGAACCUUCAGACUUGAGGUAUUUCCAAAACCACUCAUCACAAAUGGCUGCAUUGGAUUAUCUUGUGUCUCUAGAGAGUGAUAUAUUUGUUCCAACAUAUGAUGGGAACAUGGCUAAAGUUGUUGAAGGUCAUAGAAGAUUCCUAGGUUACAAAAGAACCAUACUGUUGGACAGAAAGCAGCUGGUACCACUCAUAGAUCUAUAUACCAAUAAUUCAUUAAGUUGGGGUGAUUUUUCCAUUAAGGUGAAGAAAGUUCAUGCGAAGAGAAUGGGAAACCCUAAAACAAGAAUUGUCAUUCCAUACAAACCAAAAGAAGAAGACUAUUUUUAUGCCAACCCUCAUGAAUGCUUGCCACUACAAGAUGAACCAUUGAGAAGCACAUGAUCUUAACUAAAGUCAUGAUGGUAUAUUAAUUCAAGUGAAGGCCCUGAUUUGUACAUGAAAUAGGUUCUGGCAGAGGAGUCGUGUGGCUCCAUUACAGGCUAUUCUUCGUUAAAAUCAUGAUGGUUUAAAUAUAUUUUUAGUUCUUCAAUCGAAUUAUGCUUUCUUCUUAGUCUCUGCAAAAUAUGUUUUUGUUUGUGAUAUUUGGAAAAUAGAAACUUUUGCUUUUCGUCCU